AUGGCCCACGACGCCAUGGGCAUGCAGCUUGGUCCGAUCGAGGCCGUUCCUGUGCCGCCGACUCAGACGUACUCGCGCUACCGCAGCCUGCGCGGCAAGAGCGUGUCGUCGCCGCGGGAUUUCGGUGUAUUCCAGGACGACGCCGUGCCCCCGAGCGAUUCAAAUUACUCGGGCCUCGGACAAAGCAACAGCCUGAACUCUCUUAGGGGUCGUUCCAAGAGCGUUUCAACCCACGACAAUGCGACAGCAGGCUCCAAGGAACCCCUGCCCCUGCCCGCCAUGCCGCCGGCGCCAGGAGGCAUCCUGAGCCCAAGGUCCAUCAAUAUUUCCGCCCCUUCUGGCCGCAAGAUACUGGAAAACAUCAAGUCUCCCAUUUUCAGCGCGGGCCUUGGGCCUUGGAAGCCGUUUUCCAAGAUCAGCAAGUCGGCCAAUAAGGACGCGGGUGGUGGCAGUGGCACCGACGGCGGCGACUGCAAGGCGGCGGCGGGUCCUCGAGCCCAGAAGCAAGCCGAGCCCGACCAUCAGCAGGAGGGCAAGGAAAGCCAAGAGGCCUCUGGCCGAGAGGGGGACGAAGGCCAUCGCGACGGCCAAUCCAGCGACAGCCGAGGAGACCUGGCACGGCAGCAAAAGCUCGAGCGCCCAGGCGAGCCUGCCGUCGAGGACGCGCCCAACGAGGCCGGCCACGAUACACGCGGGCGCGCUUCCGACGUUCAACGACGGCAACAAGGCGACAGGGACACCGACAACCAGGCAAAUCACUUGGUAGACGAGGUCGCGCGCCUCGAAGCUGAGACGGACCGAAUCCUUGCUGAACAAAGGAAGUUGGACGUUGCACGACUUCAAGCGCAUCAACUUGUCACACCUCCGCCAAAACCCAAGCGCCAACUCCUCGACAAGCUCAUCUUCUUCUCGCGAAGUAAACGAUCUGCGGGCGGAAGCCAGCCUGCGACACCCAGCACCGUUGUGUCGGCCAUCUUCUCCUCACCAGCCACCAGCCAUUCCAGCCGUGACGACAGCAUUGCUACUGAGGAACCAGCAGCAACGCCUGGCCUGCCCGCCCCCAAGAUGGGUUUUAUUGAGCCGGGAGGCAAGGGCAUCGUCCCGCAGACGGAUGCGCCCGUGUCUGCCAGCAACGGUGGAGAGCGACGUAUAACUGUGCGAUGCUUGUCAACCACAGUCAGUUUGCCCGUGACAGCAGAUACCUCCCCUGUUGAUAUCCUCAAGGCCACGGCGGACAGGACAACACACGACAUUAGUCCAGCAACAUGCGUCAUCAUGGAGUGCUACUCUGCCCUGGGCCUCGAGCGUCGCCUCCGUCGCUACGAGCGCGUCCGCGAUGUCAUGAACUCUUGGGACCGGGACCAGCAGCACUCGCUGCUCGUCGUGAAAUGCGAAUCCCCAAACAGCGAUAGGGACCUCGACUUGGAAGCCGUCCCUCGCACCGAGCAGCCCCCACAAGGCUUUUCCAUGCAAAUGCAUUACUCGUCCAAACCCGGCAAAUGGAUCCAGCGCUGGGUGACGCUUCUCGAAAACGGACAGAUCUACGCCGCAAAGUCGCCCAAUGCCAAGGCCACGGACAAGGACAGCACCGUCCUGUGCCACAUGACCGACUUUGAUAUUUACUCCCCCAAGGAAAGCCAGACGCGCCGUGCUCUCCGGCCGCCGCACAAAUUUUGCUAUGCAAUCAAGAGUCAGCAAAAGACGGUCGUGUUUGCCAACGCCGACAACUUUGUUCACUACUUCUCGACCGACGAUGCGCGGCAGGCAGGUCGCUUUUCCGAAAAGGUGCACGCCUGGCGAAGCUGGUACCUGGUCAAUCGAAUCGUCGACCCCCAGAAGAAGCGAGUUCCUCAAAUCGAAAGUCCCAACAGGAGCUUCAAGUGUGGCAAUUCCAGCGCGCGGGCUUCUACUAUUUCGUCCAAGGGGGAUGACGAGCCCUUGAUGAAUGUCAACGCAUUCCGCAUGAGUCAGAUUGUCAUCACGCCCGAGGAGACGAGCACGGGCCGGUCUGCCUCUGUCAAGUCGAAACCUUCUCUUCAUUCCUCUGGACCUGUGAGGAAGAAUGGCCCUGCCGGCGUCGAGCUUUCCAACAAGGCUGAACCAGAGUUCGCUGCAGGCGGUUUGCUCGGCAGCGCCUAUGACAAGCUCAAGCAAAGCGAUGCUGCCUCUGCAACGUCCGGGGCAGCCUCAGAUGGGCCGUUUACCGAAGCCCCGUCUCUUCUGAACGGCGGUAUUUCCAACUCAUCGUCGGAUGCCUCUGACAAGCUCAAGAAGCAAGCCCGGGCCGAAAGGAAGAAGGUUGAAGUUGCGUCUUGGUUCCCCUCGGCGGCGGAGCACUCGGCUCGUAUUCGCAGUCAAUCCUUGCACGCACAGUCGUCGCCGUACCAGCAGCGGAGACCUAUUGCUGCCGACAUCAGGCCAAUGGUGCCAAUUAUCCGUCGCUCAGAGAAGCACCCGGCGCCUUUGCUCAGCUUCUCAAAGGACUAUCCCGAGCCUCCGCGAUUCCGCGAAGGGCCAACCAGUGUCAGGCAACUUCCUGGCCAGCCGCUGAUCAGCUACGCUACGGGGGGCUCGCCCCGGGAGGCUCGUGAUGGUGCUCCCCGAAACCGAGUGUCUCGUCGGGGAUUGCCUGCCUCAAACGGCAUUGGUUUUACCGGCCCACCGUCGCCUUCGCCUCAGCUUCCUUCUCUGCCGCCAGGAUCUCUUGGCCGUAGCAAAACGUCCUCUUCUUCAACGAAACGAUUCGGGCCUGUGGAUACUCAUCCUCAUCACCCCAUGCCUGCUGCGUCUGGCCGACGACGCCCACACGGGGAGCCGCUGGUGAACCGGGCAAAGUGA